AGAGCUAGGCUGGCUGGGGAGGGUGACAGAGUCCUGCGCCUUUCGGGGCCAUGGGCUGCUGUCAGGACAAGAACCGUUGGGCCUCGGAUGAGCAAGCAAGGGAUGAAGUAACAGAGGAUGGCAGGGAAGGCAACGAAGUGGACAACUCAGGCCGCCGUAAACAAAGAUCUAACGAAAGUCUCCUGAUCACCGUGCUGUGGCGCAGGCUAUCCAUGUUCAGCCGUCGGGAGUCCUCGCGGUCAGGCAAGCAGGACAAUCAGAUGCAGGAACGCAAACAUGAGGGAAGCCACAAGGAACCAGAAAAAGGCUGACUACAACCCUGGUCUUAGUCCUCCCCAACACCAGAGAAUAAAGUUAAUAUUGCGAAUCUGCUGAAAACA